AUGUCGUCGAAAGGGACGUCGAAAGGGACGUCGAAAUGGACGAAAUGUCGUCGAAAGGGACGUCGAAAGGGACGCGAUGUCGUCGAAAGGGACAGCCGCGCGAACGGCGGCCGCACACGCCGAAUGCCCGCGUCGACGACGUCCACCGUCGGUGGCGCGCGCGCGGGCGCCGGGGAGGACCACGCGCGGGGGCGGAAGCGUCGAGCGACGGCGGCGGCGGCGACGACGGCGACGGUGGACGCGGUGCCGAUGGAUGGGACGGCGGCGGACGCGGCGGGGCGACGGGUGAUUUCGGACGCGCACGCGGCGCGCGGACGCUCGACGUGCGUGCACGAGGUGGCGACGCCGCCGGGAUGGAUGGGUGAUCGAGCGAGGUUGAUGGACCCGAGGCACGAGGGACGGGGGGCGAAGGAGUACCCGUUUGAGUUGGACGCGUUUCAGCGCGUGGCGGUCGGCGCGCUGGAGCGGAACGAGAGCGUGUUAGUCGCGGCGCACACGUCGGCGGGGAAGACGGUGGUGGCGGAGUACGCGAUCGCGAUGGCUUUUAGGGAUAAGCAGCGGGUGAUAUAUACGUCGCCGCUCAAGGCGCUGAGUAAUCAAAAGUUUCGAGAGCUGAGCGAGGAGUUCGGAGACGUCGGGUUGAUGACGGGCGAAGCGUCGAUCAAUCCGAACAGCACGUGCAUAGUGAUGACGACGGAGGUGCUGCGGUCGAUGUUGUAUCGAGGCGGAGACGUCAUUCGAGAGGUGAAGUGGAUCGUGUUCGAUGAGGUGCAUUACAUGCGGGAUCGCGAACGCGGUGUGGUGUGGGAGGAGUCAAUCAUAUUCGCGCCGAAGGACGCGAGGUUAGUUUUUCUCAGCGCCACGCUCCCGAACGCGCUGGAGUUCGCUCAGUGGGUGACUAGCUUGCACAGACAUCCGUGUCACGUGGUGUACACCGAUCAUAGACCGACGCCGUUGCAGCAUUACGCGUUUCCCAAAGGCGGGAGCGGAUUACAUCUCGUCGUCAACGAACAGAGCCAAUUCAAGUCGGAGAAUUUCACAAAGCUCAUGCAAGCGAUCGCACAGAGCGCGGAAAAGAGUUCCGGUGGCGGAGAUCGCGGGGGCAGAGGACGCGGCGGUGGACGUGGAGGUGGUGGACGCGGCGGCGGGCGCGGCGGUGGGCGCGGCGGCGGCGGUGGUUCAGGCGGUGAUGCGGACAUUUUGCGCAUCGUUCGGAUGGUCAAGGAGAAGAGCUUUUUCCCCGUCAUCGUUUUCAGUUUCAGUCGACGCGAGUGCGAAGAGUACGCCAAACACGUGGCAAAGUUGAAUUUUAAUACUCCUGAGGAGGCGGAACAGGUUCGUGAGGUGUACAACGCGGCGUUGCUCAACUUGUCACAGGAGGAUCGACAGCUUACUGCGGUGAAGGCAAUUUUGCCCUUGCUUGAGGCGGGCAUCGGCAUCCACCACAGUGGUUUGCUCCCCGUACUUAAAGAGCUGAUUGAAAUCUUGUUCGGAGAAUCGCUCAUCAAGUGUUUGUUCGCCACAGAAACUUUUGCGAUGGGGUUGAAUAUGCCGGCAAGGACUGUGAUAUUUACCGCAGUGAAAAAGUUCGACGGAUCAGAUAUGCGCGUGUUGGCGCCGGGAGAGUACACGCAAAUGUCCGGGAGAGCUGGACGACGAGGCAAGGAUGAUCGUGGGAUUUGUAUCGUUAUGUGUGACGAGCGCAUGGAAGAACAGGCGAUGAAGGAAAUGAUCCUCGGCGAGCCGCAACCGCUGAACUCCGAGUUCAAGUUGAGCUAUUACAGCAUUCUCAACCUCUUGAAGCGCGCCACGGGUACCGUCGAUGCUGAGUACGUGAUAUCUCGAUCAUUCCACCAAUUUCAACACGCGAAGCAACUGCCCGAGAUGAAGGCAAAACUCGCUGACGUGCAGAACAGAGCGUCGAAAAUCAAGGCGGUGGACAGCAAGGAAAUCCAAGAAUACGUCAAACUCAGACGUGAUUAUCGCGAGGCGGAAAAAUCAGUAAUGAUGACGAUGCUGGAGCCAUCAAACUGUCUGCGAUUCUUCACUUCUGGUCGACUCAUACGCAUUCGAGACGGCGACACGAAUUGGGGAUGGGGAGCCGUGGUGCACGUCCUGACUGUAGAGGGUGCGAACGGUGAAAACACGUACGUUUUGGAUUGUCUACUUCGAUGCGGACCGGGCGCUGCCGAGGGUAAUCUCGUGCCCGCAGACGCACAGAAUCCGAAGUAUAACUCGACGGAGAUAAUACCGGUCGGAUUGCAUCUCGUAGACGCCAUAAGUGCGAUGCGUCUGACCCUUCCCGAUGACUUGCGCUCAAAGGAAGCUCGCGAAAGCGUUUGGCUUGCGGUGGAGACGGUGACAAAGAAACUCACGGAAAAGGGAAAAGAUAUACCACUCAUCGACCCAAUCGAGGAUAUGAAAAUCAAUGAUGUUGCGUUUGUGAGAAAGUAUCGAUCACUCGGAUCACUGCGAGCGGAGUUCCAGUCGCAUUCCUUGUACAGCGAGGCGGACGCACGAGAGAAUAGCGAGCUGACCGCCAAGAUUAACAUCUUCGAGGAAAAGGCAAAUCUACUCGCUCAAGCGUCGGAUUUGAAGCAGAAGAUUACAUCGAGCGAGCUGACAAAGUUUCGGGACGAUUUGAGCGCGCGAAGCCGUGUUUUGAAAAAGUUGGGACACAUCGAUGCAGACGGCGUCGUCCUCACCAAGGGCCGGGCGGCGUGUGAAAUCGAUACUGCCGACGAGCUUUUGGUCACGGAGCUAAUGUUCAACGGCGUGUUCGCCGGACUUCAUCCACACGCACUCGUCGCCCUCGCUUCGUGCUUCAUGCCAGUGGAGAAGAGCAACUCGACGAACAUGGAUAAAUCGUCAAAGGCUCUGUCGAAACCCCUCAAGGCUCUUCAGGAAGCCGCGCGCGAAAUAGGCAACGUUCAAAAAGAGUGCAAGAUCGAGAUAGACGUGGACGAGUUCGUCGAUUCGUUCAAACCAACCAUGGUCGAAAUCGUGUACUGCUGGGCGCAGGGAGAACCUUUCAGUGAAAUAGUCAAGAAGACGGACUUGUUCGAGGGGACUAUCAUCCGAGCGAUGCGUCGACUCGAUGAACUCAUGAUGGAGCUCCAUCGAUCGAGCGUCGCCGUCGGGGACACUGAUUUGGCUAAGAAGUUUGAACAAGGCGCCGCAGCGCUGCGACACGGCAUCGUUUUCGCGGAUUCAUUGUAUACGUAG